UAGAGAUGUCUACAAUCUUUUCAAGAAUUGCCUGUGUGUGUAUGUGCGUGUCACUACUUGCCAGUCCUGGAUCUGCUUCUGUAAAACCGGCCAUGUAGAUCUCUGUCUAUCACACCAAGAAUCAUAAGGUGACAGAGACGAGGAAUUAACACUGAGCGAGACGAGGAAGGAGAGGGAUAUGGAUUUUGAAGAACACGAAGACCCAGAAGAGGAAAUGGCGGCCAUGGGUGUUCCGCCCGGUUAUGACUCCUUGGCUAACUCUUCCUCAGCUGGGAGGUCCAAAUUGGGUGGCGCCGAGGCUGGUGGAGGCGGCGGCUCGGCUGCCGGAAGGAAGAACGCCGUCAGGUACAGAGAAUGUUUAAAGAAUCACGCUGUUAACAUCGGUGGCCACGCUUUGGACGGUUGUGGAGAGUUCAUGGCGGCGGGGGAGGAAGGCACAAUCGAUGCUCUGAAAUGCGCCGCCUGCAACUGCCACCGGAAUUUUCACCGCAAAGAAACCGACGGAGCUGGAGAAGGAAUCUACCACCAUCAACAGCAGCACCAUCAUCACCACCAGUUCUCGGCUUAUUACCGAGCGGCGCCGCCGGCUGGGUACCUGCACCUUACACCGCAGCCUCAUCAGCACAGGCCUUUAGCUCUCCCGGCGGCAUCUGGAGGCGGGUACAGCCGGGAGGAAGAAGAUGUUUCGAAUCCAAGUAGUAGCGGCGGCGGUGGUGGCAGCGGUGGCGGAUUAAGGAAGAGGUUCAGGACUAAGUUUACACAGGAACAGAAAGAGAAGAUGUUGGCGUUUUCGGAGCGGGUCGGAUGGAGGAUCCAGAAGCACGAUGAAGCUGUGGUGGAACAGUUUUGUGCCGAAAGUGGUGUAAAAAGACAUGUUCUUAAGGUAUGGAUGCACAACAACAAGCACACUCUUGGUAAGAAACCCUAAUUUCUUUGCUGGGUCCAAAACAAGAAACAAACAAUUACUUAACUUCACAUUUCUCAGUCUUGAGGUAGACCAAGAAGAAGGAGGAGGAGGAAGAAGAAGAAGAAGAAGAAGAAGAAGAAGAAGGUAAGUUAAGCAAACAUCACUAGGUAGAGAGAAUCUGAGUUAGAACCCUUCCCCCCACCAAAAAAAAAACAAAAUCUCUCUGCUGUGAAUUUAGUCAUGAUAGAUAACUUAACCAGCUAGGGUUCUUACUUCUUUUUAUUUUGGUUUUUUUCUAAAUUUUUUUUCUGGGUUCUUGUUUAGUUUCUUCUUGUUGUCAGUGCCUAGUUUUUUGUUUUUCAAUCUUUAAUUUUUAGGAUGAAUGAUGACUUGGGUAGCAGUUAUAAAGAUGAGCCAUUGCUCAAAAACUGAGAGUUAAAACCAAGCAUCUUCUUCUUCUAA